ACAGCAGUCACCUUCUUUACCAAGGGACUCAGACGUGGAACCUUCCAGAAGCCCUAUCUCCUGCACCCUGAGUUCCAUCGGACAAAAUGGCCUCCGCUUUCUCCAUGCGCAGCUACUCAGUUCGCCAGCCCUCCUUCUCCAGCAUGUCCCUGAGGGACAGCGGCCGAAGCCCUCGCUCCAGGCCCCCCGUCUCCUCCAGCAGCAGCCUCUCCCUCUCCCGCUCGCUCUCCGUGGGGAACGGCCUCAACACGCUGGGCUCCAGCCUCUCCCUCAACAGCAUGGGGGCCGGGGUCAGCGACAAGGAGGCCAUGCAGGGCCUCAACGACCGCCUGGCCAACUACCUGGAGAAGGUGAGGUCUCUGGAGCGCUCCAACGCCGAGCUGGAGGUGAAGAUCAAGCAGAUGAUGCUGGAGCGCGCUCCCAAGGGCCACGACAUCGAGGCCAUGAUGGCUCAGGCUCACGCCAUUGGCCAGGAGGUGAGAAAGAAGACCCUGGAAAACGCCCGUAUCAUGCUGGAGAUUGAUAACGCCAAGUUGGCAGCUGAUGACUUCAGGGUCAAAUGGGAGGCGGAGGCAGCGCUGUGCCAGUCGGUGGAGAGAGACUGUCUGGCUCUGAGGAGGGCCAAGUCGGAUCACGAUCAGAUCAUAGCUACCCUCAGAGGAGACCUGGACAGCCUGAAGGAGGAGCUCUACUUCCUGAAGAAGAAUCACGAUGAGGAGAUGGGCGCCCUGAAGGCCCGUCUGGCCAACGAGCAGGUGACUGUGGAGGUGGAUGCCGUCCAGGGCCCUGACCUGGCGGCCAUCAUGGCGGAGCUGAGAGUCCAGUACGAGGGCAUCACCCGCAAGAACAAGGAGGAGGCCGAGGCCUGGUACCUGAAGAAGCUGGAUGCGGUGCAGUCGGAGGUGAAGGAGAGCAACGAGGCGCUGCGCUGUGCUCAGGGAGAGCUGAGUGAGCGACGUCGCUUCCUGCAGGCCCUGGAGGUGGAGCUGGACAACCUGCGCAAGCAGGUGGGCGUGAUGGAGGGUAAUCUGAGCGAGACGGGCCACAAGUACACCCUGGAGAUGGAGCGUCUGCAGGCCACGCUGACCCAGCUCGAGGACGAGCUCUCCCAGCUGCGUCUGGACAUGCAGCGCAACAAGACAGACUACGAGCAGCUGCUCCGCAUCAAACAGAAUCUGGAGAUGGAGAUCGCCACCUACAGGCGGCUGCUGGAAGGGGAGGAAAUGGUAAAAGAGAUCCCACCCCCUAAGAGGGAGCCUGAGGUUAGGACAAGGAAGAUCGUGAAGGUGGUCACCCAGACCAUGGUCAACGGCAAGGUGGUGGACGAGUCCAGCGAGGUGGAGCAGAUAGAGGAGACCAAGAAGUAGAGGAAGAGCCUGCCUUCAUCAUCCUCAUCCUCAUCAUCACCAUCAGCAUGUCAAGCGUCUAUGGAAUCGUGGCCUUCCACGUGUGAUACUGGAGUUGAAGGCUCACCCAUGUGGGCGUCAGUAGUUUUUUUUUUUACAGGGUGACCUCUAUAACAGUGACUGGAAAUGCAGAAUCUAUCAACUGUUAAAAAAUUAAGGAAUACAUAAAAAUGUGUAGUCCCAUGUAUUGACUGUGUCAACACUGUGUAGACCUAAGAAUGUGUCGUCACAUGUAGUCUUCUGUAGAUUAUCUGAAUGUCCAUGGUAGUGAGGGAGAAAAUAAAUACUUUUUAGAAUCU